ACAUACAAGAUGGAUAAACUAGUUUUAUGUGAAGCAAACAACGUUCCUCUUACGCCCAUAACGUUCUUGAAGAGAGCUUCCGAGUGUUAUCCCAAACGAACGUCCAUAAUCGAUGGACAAACUCGUUUCACUUGGCCUCAAACCUAUGACCGUUGCUGUCGUCUCGCUUCUUCUCUUCUCUCUCUCAACAUCACCAAAAACGACGUUGUCUCGAUUUUGGCCCCAAACGUACCGGCCAUGUAUGAGGUGCAUUUUAGUGUUCCCAUGACCGGAGCCGUACUUAACCCUAUUAACACCCGUCUUGAUGCAAAAACCAUAGCCGUCAUCAUCCGCCAUGCUGAGCCAAAGAUCUUAUUUGUGGACUAUGAGUUUGCUUCUUUGAUCCGAGAAGUCUUACGUCUCCUACCCUCUGGUGAGUCACAAGCUUACCCGCGGAUCAUAUUCAUCAACGAGAUCAGUUCCACUGUAAAGCCUUACUCCAAGGAGUUAGACUACGAGGAUCUCAUCCGUAAAGGAGAUCCUAAAGUCUCCUCGUCCAUGUUCUGUGUCCAUGACGAACAUGACCCUAUCUCUUUAAACUACACUUCUGGCACCACGUCCGAACCAAAAGGUGUAGUGAUUAGCCAUCGAGCAGCCUACUUGACCGUUUUGAGCUCGAUUAUUAGCAUGGAAAUGAGGCUUUUCCCGGUCUACCUCUGGACCCUUCCGAUGUUUCACAGCAAUGGAUGGACGCACACAUGGUCUGUGGCUGCACGUGGUGGUACCAAUAUAUGUAUGAGAAAUGUUACUGCCCUAGAUAUCUAUAAGAACAUAGAAUUAUAUAACGUGACACACAUGUCUUGUGUCCCUACGGUCUUUAAAAUUCUUCUUGAAGGAGAUGGAACCGACCAGACACGUUUGUCCCGGCCUGUCCGGGUAAUUACUGGAGGUUCACCCCCACCGGCUGCGCUUCUUCAAAAAGUUCAGAAAUUGGGAUUCCAGGUGAUGCACGCCUAUGGACUUACGGAAGCCACUGGUUCAGUUCUCUCUUGUGAGUGGCAAGACGAGUGGAACAGACUACCAAAGCAUCAACAAAUGCAGCUUAAAGCAAGGCAAGGGGUAAGCAACUUAGCUAUAGCAGAAGUUGACGUGAAGAACACGAAAACUCAAGAGAGUGUCCCGCGCGACGGGAAAACAAUAGGAGAGAUUGUCAUUAAAGGAAGCACCAUGAUGAAAGGGUAUCUAAAGAACCCUAAAGCAACAGCUGAAGUGUUUAAAGACGGAUGGCUCAACACGGGAGAUAUAGGCGUGAUAUAUCCGGAUGGGCACGUAGAGAUCAAAGACCGAUCCAAAGACAUCAUAAUCUCGGGAGGUGAGAACAUUAGUAGAAUUGAGGUUGAGAAAGUUCUUUAUGACCACAAGAAAGUGAUGGAGGCUGCGGUUGUGGCCAUGCCUCACUCUCUAUGGGGUGAAACCCCAUGUGCCUUUGUUGUUCUAAAAAAAGGUGAAACUAAUCAAGGAUAUGGUGAAAAGGAAUCAAUGAAGACCAAAGAAAAAGAUUUGAUUAAGCAUUGCCGUGAGAAUAUGCCGCACUUUAUGUGUCCGAGGAAAGUGGUGUUCUUGGAAGAAUUGCCAAAGAACGGGAACGGGAAGAUACUUAAGCCUAAGCUAAGAGAAAUUGCGAAAGGUUUGGUUGUUGAUGAGGACGAUACCGGUUCCAAGAAAGUUCAAGGAGGGAGUGUUAAUCAAGUUAGUUCAAGGCUUUAAGAGUUUACGUAUAUGAUCAUUCAUCAAUGUAUUUUAUAUCAGUUUAUGGUUGAAUUUAUAUGUUUCUUGGUUUGCAUGGUUUAAUCAUUAAAUUCACAAUAAAUAAAAAGAAAUAU